UAAUCCACAUCGCAUCAUCAAAUCCUUCAAUAUGGCUAGUGAUGCGCCCGAAAAGCCAGAGCAGACCCCUCCUGCGCCAGAGGCACCCGCUGAUGAAGCGCCCGCUCCAGCGAUCCCCGAUCCUAGAUUACCAAGCCGCAAGGAUGUCUCGCUACGAGAGUUCCUGAACAAGAUGGACGACUAUGCACCGAUUAUUCCCGAUGCAGUCACACACUACUACAUGACCAAAGCCGGUCUUCCACCACCUCCCCAGACCGAUCCACGCCUCGCGCGACUCCUCGCCCUAGCAACCCAGAAGUUCAUCGCGGACAUUGCCGCAGAUGCAUACCAGUACAGCAGAAUCCGCGCAUCAUCAAACACCAACAAUCCUAUGGGGUCUCUUGGUGCAGCCGCCGGAUUCCCUAUUCCUGGUCAGCCAACUGGUCAGCCCGGAAGCAAGGACCAGGCCAAGGGCGCACCACUGGGUAUCCAGCGACCGGGCUACGGAGGUGGUGGACAAGGCGGUAGCCAGAACAGGACUGUUCUGACCAUGGAGGAUCUCGGUAUGGCUGUUGGAGAGUACGGUGUCAACGUGAAGCGUAGCGAGUUCUACCGCUGAGUACGUAUUUGGUUACAUGACUGCAAGGCGUUACGGUUCGGCGUUUACGGAAGGAUAUGGGUCCGUACAUGAUAUCAAACAUGAAAACCAGGAAACUCUUAGCUGGUUACAAUAGAUCGCCUGAAUAUGCGAAUGGGUCCCUUUGUUGAAAUCAUUGCUCUAGUGAUGUUACAUGUAGUCUUUUGUACAUGGGUAUACCCAGAUUCCAGUCCCUAUUUGAUAUUCUACCUCUUGUCCCAGAUAUUUGGCUUUCGUGUUCUAU